AUGUCUCCUCCCCGUCAAUUGGAAGAUACUUCUUCAAGUCUUCAUCAUUCAUCAACUAAAUCUUCCUCCACUGGUUUCCAUCAACGUAAAAUCUCAUUGACAACGGCUUGUCCACCCACUGGCACUCGUAAACCAAGCAUCACUCGACAUGGCGCUGCAUUCCCACAUUCAAACUCGUCAUUCGGUCAAUUGUGUCGUCGCUUCUCUCGACUACGACUUGUACGGCUUGUCGCCUUGGCCUAUAUUGUUAUCAGCGUAGUAUUAUCCACCAUGCAUCUCUUGACGUCUUUUGGUGAUAGCUCGGUACCUGCAGCUGCAUCAGUAACUGAUGAAACUACCGCCCAAACAGCACAAGUCGAUUUAUGCAUGACAUCUAUAUAUAUAACAGUAAUGGCACCACCACUACUACCACCAUCACCAAACAACAAUGAGCUAUCACCCUUGAAUGACUUGUCUUAUCAAAUUCGACUUUCCAAAAUGUUUUCCAAAUCCCUUGUUCGCAUGGAUCAUCUACGACCUUAUUGGUUUACCGCCACUCACACGCCUGCUCCUAAUUCAUUGACACUGGCAACAGUGGUUACCAUGGAUGAAUGGUCUUCUCUUGCCAAUUUGGCAGAGACAUGGCAAGGAUCCAUUUCAGCUGUACUUCAAGUACCCACUGAUGGUACCGAUCUUGGCUCGGGUACUAUGAUACAACAUCUUGCCACUAUUCGACGCGACUUUGAAAGAAACGAAUACCUUUCCCGCCAUGUCGAUUUACAUUUGAUUGCACGACCAAGUCGCACUGACAAUGGUGCUCAAGUGGUGCACAGCAGCUUACAAGAAGGCCGCAACCUUGCUCGCUUGUUUAGCCGUUCCAAAUACGUAGCCAACAUGCCCGUGACGACCUUGUGGAUGACUGAUUUGACUCGUGCUAUUGAUACUUAUGCACAAAAACUGGAUCAAGGCGAUGUAUUGAUCGUGCCCACUUUUGGAUUCCCAAAGAGCCGUUUUGCUGUAACCGACACGUGGCCAACAACCAAACCGGAGAUGAUUGAAUGGGUGGAUGACAAGCGUAUGGGCAUGUUGGAUUAUCACUGGCGUCUCAAUAUGGGUCCUACCUCGUACGAAGAUUGGCGUGAUGCCACAGAGCCUUAUCUCAUUCCCAAUUAUGAUUUCCAUUACAAUCCCGUCUUCAUCACAACUCGUGAAAACCAUCCUUGGUGCGACGAACGUUUUUCAGAUGAGCCAUCCGCUUGCUUGUAUUCAAUCUAUUUGAACGGCGCUGAUUUGUGGGUUUUAUCCCAGGAUUAUACUGUGCGCACUGGGCAAGAACCUGAAAACAUGUUGACGCAGGAGGAGCGUAUUCAACAAGUCAAGGUGUACAAAAACUAUCGUAUUGAGCAAUGUGUCUUUUACGCACGUCAAUUUGAUCAGACUGGUAUCUUCAACACCAAUCGGGCCAAACAUGUCCAAGAAGAAUGUGCAAAGGAGUUGGGCAACUUGCGCAAGGAAAAGAUGAUUGAGACAUUCCAUUAG